AUGGCACUACGACUAGUUUUACUGGUAGCUUCAACUCUUUUAGUUUCAUCACAAUCCUUAACUUGGUGGAGCCCAGCUGUGUGCAGAAAUACACCGAGCCUUAAUAAUGGAAAUAUUAUAAGAAAUGGGUGGAAUAAUUUUGACUACAAGUGUAAUACCGGAUACGAGUUGAGCGUUACUGGUAACUGUCGUAGUCGAUUAUGGCGUCCACAAGUAACAUGUAAAGUUGUGGAAUGUGAAGGAGAUCAGAUGAUAACCAAUUCUGAUGAUAAAACAAUCAAAGGCACAUUUGGUGACCCUUUCUCGUUUAACUGUAAGGCUGGUUUUACUGAACUUGGCCCUACUGGAAGUUUGACUUGUGGAGAUCAAGGGCAAUGGCAAAUAGACGCCGGUUGUGAAGCUGUAGAAUGUCCCGAGGGUGAGGUUAUUGGUCGACCCAAUUCUACUGAUACGACAAUAGCAGGCACAUUUGGUGACCCCUUCGUAUUUACCUGUUUACCCGGUUUCACUAGAGAUGGUACUACUGGAAGUAUGAUUUGUGGCACGGACGGAUCAAAGGGGAUAUGGCAAAUAAUUCGUCCUUGUAUAGGUAACGUCAUAUUCUAA